AUGGUUCUGAACCUGGUAUCUUCAGUCGGCAUCGUACUGGCCAACAAAUGGGUCUUUGACAAGGAGGGCUUCAAGUUUGGCACUCUGCUGACUGUCAUCCACUUUGUCACUACUUUUCUAGGACUGGAACUAUGUGCUCGCUACGGUCUGUUUGAACGAAAGAUCAUUCCUCUUAGAGAGAUCCUGCGUCUGUGUGCUACCUUCUCGGCCUUUGUGGUCUUGACUAAUCUGAGUCUGCAGUACAACUCAGUUGGUUUCUAUCAGAUGGCCAAGGUCCUCACUACUCCCUUUAUCGUUGCUGUUCAGACCCUCUACUACAACACUGCAUUCUCUAUUCGCAUCAAGGCUGCUCUUGCCGUCACCUGCUUCGGUGUUGCCAUUUCUAGUGCUACCGAUGUUCGUAUCAAUAUCAUUGGCACCAUUCUGGCUCUUGGCGGUGUGGCCGCUGCUGGCAUGUACCAAAUCUGGGUGGGCACUCGCCAAAAGGAACUCGAUGUCAAUUCAUUCCAGCUCUUGUACUAUCAGGCUCCUAUCUCUGCCAUCAUGCUACUUGUCUUUAUUCCUGUAUUCGACGAUAUGCACAAUCUCUACAACUUUGAAUGGACAUCUUCCGCCAUCAUGAGUAUUGUCACCAGCGCAUGUCUGGCUUUCUUUGUCAAUCUGUCUACAUUCUUGAUUAUUGGAAAAACAAGCCCAAUUACAUACAAUGUAGUAGGUCACUUUAAACUAUGCAUUGUAAUCAUCCUCGGCUUUAUCGUGUUUCAAGACAAGGUUGUUUGGACCAACGUUCUUGGUGUCAUCAUUGCCGUGGUCGGCGUGUUCUGGUAA